UUUCCUGCAUCCAUUGCCAAUCUCAAACAUAACACAGUGCAGUGCAGAUCUAUUUUGCUCCUCAUCAGAUCUUUAGUCGUUAUCAAUCAUUCUAAGGAUGGCGGAACACAUUCCAUUUGCUGUUGCGUCUAAUCUCAUUCACAGGUUGGCUUCCGCAGAUUUUAUUGAAUUUGGAAAGAAGUAUGAUGUGAUAGAAGAGUUGGAAGAGCUCAAGAACACAAUUGAAUCCAUCAAUGAUGUGCUCCUUGAUGCUGACGAUAAACAAGAGCAGGCUCGUGUGCGAGUUUGGAUUAGAAGGUUCAAGGAAGUACUUCAUGUUGCAGAUGACUUCUUAGAUGACCUUGCUAUCGAAUUUAUGAGAAACAAAUUGGACGAGGAACGAGGAACAGAAGUGACAAAGGUACUUUAUCCUUUCUCAUCUUCAAAUCGAAUUGAUUUUCCCAUUCAAAUGGCUGAAGAAAUUAAAAGAACACGAGAAAGUUUUGAUGCUGUAGUAGAAGACAUGUAUAAAUUGAAUUUAUGCCCAAGAUCGAUGGUGGUUAAGCAAACUGAUAAUGGAUGGAGGGAAACAUGUUCUUUUGUGUUAGAAUCAGAUAUCAUUGGAAGAGAUGAGAGUAAAAAGGAGAUUAUUAAUCUGUUGAAACACCCUAAUGAAAACCAAAAAAUUUCUGUGAUUGCCAUUGUUGGCCUUGGUGGUUUGGGGAAGACGACUCUUGCACAAUUGGUGUAUAACGACUUCGAAGUGCAGACUUUUUUUGAAAUGCAAAUGUGGGUUUGUGUCUCUGAUAACUUUGAUGUCAAAACUAUUCUGAAGAAAAUAUUAGAAUCAAUUACAGGUGACCAAGUUGAAGACAAGUUAUCAUUAGGCAACUUGCAAAGAAAACUUCACGAACAAAUAAUUGGUAAAAAAAUUUUGUUGGUCCUGGAUGACAUUUGGAAUGAGAAACAUGACAAAUGGGUUGAAGUGAGAAAGUACUUGAUGUUUGGCGCUCAAGAUAGCAAGAUUUUAGUUACAACUCGAACUGAAAAUGUAGCAAAAGCCAUGUCUGCUAGCACUUCCUAUCCUUUGAAAGGUUUGACUGACGAAGAAUCUUGGAGUUUAUUGAAGAAAAUUGCAUUUGAGGAUGAUUCCAAAAGAGUGAAUCAAAAUCUAGAAUCAAUGGGGAAAAAAAUAGCCAAAAAAUGUAAAGGGGUUCCGCUAGCAGUUAAAACGCUGGGAGGCCUGUUACGAGGACAGAAUGAAGAAAGUGAAUGGGAGAAUGUUUUAUGUGGUGACCUGUGGAAAUUAUGUGAAGAGCAAGAUAGUAUCAUGCCAAUUCUAAAACUCAGCUACCGAAAAUUGUUUCCUGAAAUGAGACAAUGUUUUGCUUAUUGCUCUUUAUAUCCUAAGGAUUCAGAUAUUCCAAAAGAUGAGUUGAUUCAGUUAUGGAUGGCACAGGGUUACCUUAAAUGUUCAACUGAAAAACAACACAUGGAGGAUGUGGGUAAUCAAUUUGUAAAGAUGUUUUUGAUGAACUCAUUUUUUCAAGAUGCAGAAAGUGAUGAAUAUGGUGAGAUCUAUAGUUUCAAAAUGCAUGAUUUAAUGCAUGAUCUUGCAAUGCUGGUAGCUGGCAGUGAUUAUUGUCACUUGGAUAGCAAGGCAGAAAAAGUUGAAGGUAGACCCAUGCACGUAUCAUUGGAAUCUGGGGCCAUUCAUUUAUUGGAUUCAUUGGAUGCAAACAGGCUGCGAACUUUGAUCCUGUGGUCUUACGACAAGGAGGAGUUGUCUGUUGCAAAUUUCAAAUACUUGCGAGUCUUGAAGAUGUCAUCUUCUUCUUCUUCUUGCAAACUGUUUGAUUCUGUAAAAUUGAAGCAUUUAAGAUAUCUUGAUGUUGAUGAUUACUCCAGGAUGACAGUUGGGUUGGGAAAAUUGUGCUUUUUGCAGUUCUUACCAACCUAUAUUGUGGGGGAUAGCCAAGAAACAAAAUAUGGCACACUAAGUGAAUUGAAAGACUUAAACUUAAGGGGAGACUUAACAAUUGCUUAUCUCGAUCGUGUGAGAGAUGUGGCUCUGGAAUCACAAGACGUAAAUUUAAAAGAAAAAAAAUUCCUUCAAUCCUUGACUCUAACUUGGUGGCUUGAAGACAUCCACAGAAGUGACAACUUACAAUCGUUCAAAAGUGACAGCUUACAAUUGUUAGAAAACCUUCAACCCCACCAUAAUCUUAAGCGAUUGGAAGUGAUUGGUUAUCCAGGGGUGCUUUUCCCAGAUUGGCUUUCUCGCCUCACAAAUGUUGUUCACAUCUCUCUUCGUGGCCUUUAUAAUUGCCCCUGUCUCCCACCGAUGGAACGUCUACCGUACCUUAAGUCACUUCUGAUGGACUCUUUUCAUGAAUUGAAGUACAUACAUCAUCAUGAAGAUGGUUUUGCAGCAACCUUCUUCCCCUCUUUGGAGAGCCUCACGUUAAAUAGUUGUGACAAGUUUACGGGAUGGCGGAGGCGGGGAGAUGAUAUUAAUGAUUAUAAGAAUUCACAUCAUCUCUCCUCUCUUUCGUUUCCUCGUCUUUCUGAACUAUAUGUCUCUUUCUGUCCAGAAUUGACUUGCAUGCCUACUUUCCCAAAAGUUAAAGUUUUAGAAUGUUGUCGAUGCAGUGUGGAGCCACUAACAGCAACACUAAACACACAAUCAACAUUUUCAGCUGACUCAUCUUCCUCCUUUACUCCUCUUUCCACGCUCAAAAAAUUGAUCACAUCUGAUGUAAACGUAAAAGCGUUGCCAAAGGGUUGGAUGCAAAAUCUGACUUCUCUCGAUUCUCUUCUAAUUGCAAGCAGUCAGAGUGAAACACUAGAGGAAUUUGAAACUGGGUUUAAGGACGACACCAACUGCCUUCCCUCUCUGCAAAAAGUAUCCAUAACAGUAUGUGUAAACCUAAAGGCUUUGCCAAACUGGAUUUGCAAACUCCCAUCGCUUCAGCAUAUCGAGAUCAGCGAUUGCCCAAAAUUGGCAUCGCUGCCCAAUGGAAUGAGACGUCUUUCCAACUUAAAGAUCUUUGAGGUCAACUUUUGUUCCCUCUUAAUUAAAGAAUGCCGAACAAAGACAAGUGUUGUUAGUCGCCAGAUCGCACACAUCCCACAGAUUAUCCUUCGUGAUGAGAUAUUAUUAUAA